AUGCACCGGGGAGUAGGUCCGGCCUUUCGGGUGGUGAGGAAGAUGGCGGCCUCUGGGGCGGAGCCGCAGGUCCUGGUACAAUACUUGGUGUUACGAAAGGAUCUAUCACAAGCUCCGUUCUCCUGGCCGGCGGGCGCACUGGUGGCGCAGGCUUGUCACGCGGCCACCGCGGCCUUGCACACUCACCGCGACCACCCGCACACCACCGCUUACCUCCAAGAGCUGGGGCGCAUGCGCAAAGUGGUCCUUGAGGCCCCAAAUGAGACCACCCUAAAGGAGCUGGCCGAGACCCUGCAACAGAAGAACAUUGACCACAUGCUGUGGCUUGAGCAACCAGAGAAUAUCGCCACUUGCAUUGCUCUCCGGCCCUACCCCAAGGAAGAAGUGGGCCAGUAUUUGAAGAAGUUCCGAUUGUUCAAAUGACUGCUGCUUUGAUGUGUUUGAAUACCAGC